GAAAGAAGUAUUUCCUGUGAGCACCUGUCUGCUAGGGUGCGCUUUUUAAGAACUUCAGACGAAACUUUUCAAAUCCAUCAAGUUAGAAAGUAUACUUGCGUUACCGUAAAGCUCGAUUGAGCUCGCUAUAAACAGAUAACAGUGUAUCAUGAAUAAGACUUGUAAAAUAGUGUUGUACAGAGUGAUGAAAUUACGUGGAAUUCGCCUCUAUUCAUCUAGAUCAUGGCUUAAUAUAACUGGAGGGAAUAGCAACAUUUUAAAGAGGUCAUUUGCUACUCAUGUACAAGAUCCAAGUGACACUGAGACUGGCUUUGUGGAUAAGAUCAAAGAAAGGCUUGGAAUGAAAGGCAGUUUACGAUACUACCCUUCAACAUUACAGCACAGUGGUUUCCGGCUUUACCUAUCAGCAGUAGAAGCUUCCAGAUAUAACAGAAUUUAUGAUUAUAUUGAUCUCCCUGACACAAUGGCAACCUGGCAUAAAUUGACAUCGCUACAUAUUUGGUUAUUAAUGGUACGACUGUCUACAGAGGGAAGGGACGCUAGGCUUGUGAGGAAUGAAACUACAGAAAACUUCAUCACAGACAUGAAAGCUAAAUCAAAAGUGAUAGGGAGAGAACUGAAGAUUAUGGUGAAAGGAGAUGAACUGGAGAUGCUGCAUCAGAUGUUUCUUGCUGCUUUGAUGAAUUAUGAUGAGGGUUUACUUGGAACGGACAGACAUCUGGCAGGUGCUCUCUGGCGAUCCUUAUUUAACCACAAACCCGAUAUUGACCCUUCACAUCUAGAGAUUAUGGUAGCUUACAUACGAAAACAGGUGGCUUAUUUACAGAAAAUAGACAGUAAGAGCAUAUUAACCAAUGGACUUAUACCAUUUCUUCCUGUUGAAGGAGACACAAUACCAAAGUCAACUUACGAAGCACUGGAAAAAAUAAGACUGUCAAAAUUGCAGAUUCAAAAGUCUUAGCAGAAAAAGCUGACACAGAUUUCAGAAUCACAAAAGUCUGCCAGUUCAGAGGAAUUAGGAGUGGUCCACUAGGUAGCAGAUACUGCCGUGAUUCAAAGUAUAAAUCUGUCAUAUCAUUUUGCUAACGAUACAAAAUAUUCGCAUAAAUUGAAAAGAAUAAAGCAAUCAUGGAAGAAUGCUUUAUAGUCUAUGGUCUAAAAUCAGCUUAUAUGAAAGAUGCAAAAGUUACAAUUUGAGUUCACAAUUUAGGUCCAGUCGAAUGAAGUUCCUUUACCUAUACAAACAUCUCAGAUGAGUUUGAUACGUAUCAACAUGGGUCAAAAACUACGUAACUAGGUCCAGUUUUAACACUUAAAAGGGCAUAUUUUCUGUUGUUCUUUAUUUAUCUUGGUAAGAUCAUUUUUCUUUAAGAAACUAGGUCAAGUUUGACACUGGGUCAUCUUUUGUCCAAAGCAAGGUAACUAGAUGUAAUCAUAGACAAACUUAACUAUCAGACAAGUCAAGAAUGAAAUCUGGUUACCAGGAGUUGAAAACGGAUCUUUAAGUCAAGUUAUAGAAUGACAAUAUGAACACAUGGGGUAGUAUUUUCUACUUAAAUGAUAUGGAACAUUACCAGAAUUUUUGUCUUAAUACAAUUUAGAUUAAGAUUGAAAUUUUAUUACCUUUGGUUAACAAAUAGGUGAGCAGAUCAGGUCAUAGAAUAACCUUGGAACACUAGAUAUGAGCUGCGCCAUGGGAAAACCAACAUAGUGGCUUUGCGACCAGCAUGGAUCCAGACCAGCCUGCGCAUCCACGCAGUCUGGUCAGGAUCCAUGCUGUUCGCUUUCAAAGCCUAUUGCAAUUAGAGAAACUGUUAGCGAACAGCAUGGAUCCUGACCAGACUGCGCGGAUGCGCAGGCUGGUCUGGAUCCAUGCUGGUCACAAAGCCACUAUGUUGGUUUUCUCAUGGCACGGCUCAUAUCAUAUGAAACCUGACUAGACUGUUAUAAUGAAAACUAGGUCAGAUUCAGAACUUGGUAUUUAGAGUGUAAAACUAGAUCACUAAGUUAAAUGGUAGAGAAACCUAAAUGGAUCUUCAUGAAACCUGUCUUUUCAUUCCAUUUCGAAUUGAAUGCAAUUGUUACCUGUCAUGAAACAGUUUGUUAUAACAUUUAUACAAGGUCAAACACUUUAAGUCAAGUGAGCGACACAGGGCCAUCAUGGUCCUCUUGUUAACGAUUUGUCAGUCAAUCAUUGUUCAACAUUUUUUUCAACUGAUUAAAUAAGGCUUCCCUUAUAGGAUCAUGGAAUGUUCAUUUUCCAAAGAGUUGCUAAUUGAACUCACAUCCUUUGCAACAGAAAAGUCUCAAGCAAAAUAUGUGCUGCAUGUUUGGGAUCUUUUAAAUAAGGAACAUCAGUAGCAAAAUGACACGCUAGGGUCAAAUGUAUUGUUAGAAAUACAGAAAUAGAAAAAUUUGUGAAAUAGAGACACCAUCUUUAAGAGUUUUUGAAUUAUGGAAUGAGUGUACUGAUUCAGAAAUGAAAAUAUUUGUUUGGUCAGUUACCACUGUGAUGAUUAAAAAAUAUUGUGUCAGUUAAUUCGUGGUGGCCGGUUCUUGGGGGAAAAAAAACUCUUUUAAACUUUAUAGAAUAGUUUCACUGGUGAUGAAGUAUAUGUAUAAGAGACUAUUUUGCCGUUUUCUAACAGUCUUAAUGAAAAUUAUUGUAAAGUUUGUGUUUUCAGACAUAUACUUUCAUUUGAUUUAGAUUUAUGUCAUAACAAUAAAAUAUAUAUGUGAAGUUUUGAUAAUGUUAGAAAGCGUAUAGAUCUGUUUUCACCAACCUUUGUGUAAUAUAGUUUUUGAGCCAACUAUUAAAUAGUUUUGUGUGUGUUUUUCUUUGCAAAUAAUAAAUGUUUUCUUUAAUCAGGUUUUAUUUCUAAGUAAUAUUAAGUUUAAAAAGCUUUUUGUUUCACUACUAAAAUUGCAGUCUGAAUGAAAGAACUUUACAGACUAUUUAAUUAUUGGCCAGAAAAAAAUUUGUUAAAAUCUUUGUUUCAUAAAGAAAGUAAAAAAUG